UUCACUUAGCUCGUCGUCCUCGACUACGGACCGGAGAGACCACCACCACGCUGCUCGUUUCUUCUCCGGUUCUUCUUCUGUCUCCAGUCAGUCUACCACAGACCAGACCACCACCAACAGCACACUUCUUCUUCCUCUGUCACCAGUCUCGCACAGUCGAGAGUCGACCACGGCCCGGACCAGCUCAAGCUGAUCUCGCACAGUCGGCCGCCGGCGUCUCACUCUCAGGCUCCCAACGUCGGCGUCUCCGGCCUCUCAGGCUCCCAGCUCGGCGUCUCCGGCCUCUCAACUGUUGGGCUCCGAGUUAUCUUCUCUCUUCAACUCUCAACUCAUUCCAUUCCAUUAUGCCUUAUGGGACCUUCAUCUGAUCGAUUCAAGAUUGGCAAAUUUGAAUUUUUGGAUUUUUUUGUUUGCAUGUUUGCAGUAAAGUAGUUUUUGGCUUUGGUAUGAUGAAAGGCACACGCAAGACCAGUAUACAUGCUGAAGAAAAGAAAAAGAAAAGAAAGAGAGGAAAAAUUGCUGAUGAUGGUGAAGCUCUUGGAAUGAAAAUCGAAGAGGAUAGUAGUAUGCUGGUUGAAAGGAAGAAGAAGAAAUCUUCAAGUCUGAAAAGAAAGAAUAAAGUAAAAAAUCUGGUUGAUAAACAAAGGCCAAAUGUUCAAGUUGAUUUGAAGGAGCAUAGGGAUGGAGUAGGGGACAAUUCUUCUGAGGCUCAAUGGACGGAAGACUUUAAGGAGCCUGAAGAGAUUGAUGCUGGACUAACAACUCAAGCUCGUAGUAAGUCUAAGAAAACAAAGAAAAAGAGAAAGAAGGAAGCACAUUCUGUAAAGGAGGUUCUGAACUCACGAGAAAACGGAGGAGUUACUGAACAAGAUGAGAUCUAUACUAUUUCUUCUGGAGAUGAGGAUUGCUCGAAAGGAAUGAAAAAAUGGAUCAUGGAAUAUCAUCAAAGUAGGCCAGGCUUGCAGGCAUUGCAAGAUCAAAUUGAUGACUUUAUAACUGCCCAUGAAGAAAAACUAGAAGAGGAAAGAAAAGAAAGAGAAGCCCGUGCUGCAGAAGGGGGAUGGACAGUUGUUGUACACCAUAAGGGUAGGAAGAAAACUACUGACUCUGAAAGUGGAAUUGUUGUGGGUUCCGUUGCCCAAGCUGCUGCGGAGCAAAAAGCUGCUAAGAAGAAGCAUAAAGAAGUUGCCCUAAAUUUCUACCGUUUUCAGAAAAAAGAAGCCCAGAGAAACGAGAUCAUGAUGUUGCAAAGCAAAUUUGAAGAGGACAAAAAACGGCUGCAGCAGCUGAGAGCUUCAAGGAAAUUUAGACCUUAUUAAACAAUUUUUGUUUUACGUCACAAAGCCUGGAUAGGAAUAUCAGCUCUUUAACUCUGAGAUAAUAAUGGUUCGCAUUCCAUUCUAAUUUUGCCAUGCUUAUUAUAGUUAUCAGCGUAGUAUAGCUCAUAGCUCUUAUUUGAAGUACAUGAUUUGUUGAAUUGGGAGGCAUGAAGUGUCCUUCAUUUAAAUUUUUAAUUUUUUUUAAAAAAUAUAUUUGAAUGAACUGGAUUA